GUAGCACAUUGGUUGAGCCAGGGGCGCUGUGCGGGGAGAAACUCGGAGAUUAACAGACGAGAGGCUUCGUCUAUUCAGCAGCGCGGAGAGCAGCCAGCGCGCUCCGCUCCGCUCCCUAUGUGGGCGGUGUUUCAAACAAGCGGAUCCGCGAGGAACGUGGGAGCUGUCAUUGCUGUGAGACACAUUUGCGGAGACCAGCAUCACCGUUGACAGCAAUUACAAGUGCUGGGAAUAUGUUCAUUUAAACGCGCAGCUCUUGAUAGGUGCCUUCUUAACAUGCUGCUCCACAUAUAAUCAAAUGAAAUUUUCUUUAGAUUCGCCAGAUCUGAAGGGGAAUUUUGGACAGAAACAAGCUGAUCAUGAAGUGGGAUAUUUUACUCAUCUCUUGUGUUUUAGAGAAAAAUACCGGAUGCUUCCAUUGAACGAAGGUAUUUUCCGCUGGAUUAACAAAGGACAGUAUUAAAAACACUGGUUUAUUGCCGUCUUCGGGAAACAAAGAUGUUCUUGUGAAGUCACAGGCGAAACAUCGUGUCAUUCGUUUAGCCUGGUGCCUCAAUUGCAAAAUGCUGUGGUGCUGAUGAGAGACUGUUCCUCGAUAACAGUUUUUUUCACAACCCGGAAUGACAAACAAAUAGCUCUCCGCUUGAGCGAUGGAAACACUGUGAGGUUUCUUACUGAACUUGAGAAGCAGCAACAGCGACUGCAACAGUCUCGACACCACAGAAAUCAGUACAUAAUAAUGGUAUGGGCUUCUGAAGUCGAUUGGAGCAUGGAGUGCGCGCACCAGGCAGGCUAGGAGGUUUUACGAGACACACUAAGAACCCAGUUUUGACUCCCCAUCCUGAAAUGAGGCAAAAUGUUGAUGUGUGACAGAGGAGUCCAAAUGCUCAUCACCACAGUGGGCGCGUUCGCCGCGUUCAGCCUGAUGACUAUCGCUGUGGGAACGGACUACUGGCUGUACUCACGAGGAGUGUGCCGGGUCAAAAGUAAUAACGAGAACGAGACGAGCAGGAAGAAUGAAGAAGUCAUGACCCACUCCGGACUGUGGAGAACCUGCUGUCUAGAAGGAACAUUUCGAGGUGUCUGUAAGAAGAUUGACCACUUUCCAGAGGAUGCAGAUUAUGAGCAGGAUGCAGCAGAGUAUUUACUACGAGCAGUGAGAGCAUCCAGCAUCUUCCCCAUCAUGAGCGUUGGCCUUCUGUUCAUGGGAGGUUUGUGUGUGGCUGCCAGUGAGUUUUACAGGAGCAGACACAAUGUCAUCCUCAGUGCUGGAAUCUUCUUUGUUUCUGCUGGCCUAAGUAACAUCAUCGGCAUUAUCGUGUACAUAUCCGCCAAUUCGGGCGACCCCGGCCAGAGCGAUUCGAAGAAGAGCUACUCAUACGGCUGGUCCUUCUACUUCGGCGCACUGUCCUUCAUAAUGGCCGAAAUGGUGGGUGUGCUCGCUGUGCACAUGUUCAUCGAGAAACACCGAAAGCAGCGUGCCAAGUCCCGCACCGAGCUGAUCAAGAAGUCGGCCUUCAGUCGCAUCCCCAGCUACCGCUACCGAUUCCGCCGACGCUCCAGCUGCCGCUCCAGCGAACCUGCCUCUCGUGACGCUUCGCCCAUGGGCAAGAGUGGGUACACGGGCCCCGCUGCGGCAGAUAUCUCCAUGUACACCCUGUCCAGGGAUCCCUCCAAGGCGGCUAUGGGUGCCUUGCUCAACUCCGAGAGGGAGUUUUUGCAGGCUCACAACUCCAACGCUAAGGACUUCAAAGAUGCGGCCAACAGGAGGACCACUCCAGUCUGAGAGAGUUUAAGCACAGAGGAAGUGCCACGGCCAAGACGUUACAACCACAGACUUGAGCUGGACCCCAGCAGGAAGAAGAAUUCACUCGAGGCCUGCAGGGCUAUAACCCUCUUUCUAUAACAUUAUAUAUAAAUAUACAGUCAUGGCCAAAAGUUUUGGCAGUGACAUAAAUUUUGUGUUUUGCAAAGUUUGCUGCUUAAGCUGUUGUGGUGUUCAUUCACAUUGUUUCAAGAUUAUUGUGUAGAG